GGGGGCGGGGCGUGGUCUAUAAGCCGGGCGCCGGGAGCGGGCUGGUGCCCCUGUCCAUGGAGGUGGGUUGUGUCGGCUCGGAGUGCGGUCUCGGCCGCCCCCCUCGCCUGCUGAUGGAGCCCCGGGCUGAGGUGCAGGCCGCCGCGCCCGACCUCGUGUCCGGCGACGUCUACGAGUCGCUCCCCGAAAGCGCCUCGGUCAAGGCGCACAUGCUGGCCGGCUCGGUGGCCGGGAUCCUGGAGCACUCGCUCAUGUUCCCCAUCGACUCGGUGAAGACACGCAUGCAGAGUUUACAGCCUGAUCCCAAGGCACAGUACAGGAAUGUAUUUGAUGGUCUUCUGAGGAUAAUCCACACGGAAGGCAUCUGGAGGCCUUUGCGAGGACUGAAUGCGAUGGUGGUCGGUGCGGGCCCUGCCCACGCUUUGUACUUUGCCUGCUAUGAGAAAAUGAAAAGGACUUUAAGUGACGCCAUCAAUCACGGUGGCAAUAGUCACUUAGCAAACGGUAUUGCAGGAAGCACAGCGACACUGCUGCACGAUGCCGUGAUGACGCCUGCAGAAGCCAUCAAGCAACGGAUGCAGAUGUUCAAGUCUCCCUACAAGGGCGUGUGGGACUGCAUACGGAUCGUCCGCCGGGUGGAAGGGAGCAGUGCCUUUUACCGUAGCUACACCACGCAGCUGACCAUGAACGUGCCCUUCCAGGCUAUCCACUUCAUAACCUAUGAGAUCAUGCAGGAGUGGCUGAACCCCAUGAGGCAGUACAACCCCUCGACUCAUGUGGUGUCGGGGGCCAUGGCGGGAGCAGUGGCUGCCGCCGCCACCACGCCCCUGGACGUGUGCAAGACGCUGUUGAACACACAGGAGAACCUGGCGGUGAGCACUCGGAAGCCCAGCAAUGGGCACCUUUCAGGCAUGGCCAACGCCUUCCGGACCGUCUACCAGAUCGGCGGCCUCCCUGCCUACUUCAAAGGUGUGCAAGCCCGUGUCAUUUACCAGAUGCCCUCCACUGCGAUCUCGUGGUCGGUCUACGAAUUCUUCAAGAGCUUCAUUUCAAAGAAGCAGCAACAGGCCUUGUCGCCCUCUUUGUGAGGGCACCCCUUUUAGCAGAAAUGUGGUACAGCUUUGAAAGAGUGGCUCCUAAAGACUUGGAAGAGGUGAACUAGGAUGCUGUAAUACUCAGUGUGUGAGUCCACCAAUGUUUUAGGUCUUACCCUGGCACCUUUCACAGGACCUCUCAUUUCCCCAGCCAACCUCAAAAUUUAAGAGGGCAAUUUUAAAAUGCAAGCUGAGUUAUGGAUAAUAUACAGGCAUGGAAGAGCACUGAUUUCAAAUCCCAACAGACCUUUGAACCCAACCAGUGACUGAAUUCUGGGGCACUGCAAACUUGUUGGCAACUCCUGAGCACCUAGGCAGUGCAUUGCAGUACUCGAUGGAUCGGGAUAUCAGUUUUAAUAAAACCUGUCUCUAACCAGGGAAGUUAGAAUUAGGGCUUUAUUUGCAACACCUAAGAAAGUUGAUAUUUGCAGAGGAGUUGUUGCAUGAGGGCAGGGUGUGGGAGGGAUUAUAUGUAACGAGAUUGGUAGACUACUUUGUGCUUGACCUGCUAUACAUACACGCAGGAAUGGGCAGUGUGUUCUUGCGUAGGGACUUGUAAGAAAGGCCUUUCAAUCUACGGUGACACUUAAUUAACACUUGAUCUCUGACCCCUGUGAGUUGGUUGUUAGUUUGAGAGCAUGACUGAGUCUGGAAGGAGGAGAAGUGAGGGGUUUGAGGAUGAAGUGGUGGUAGAAGUGGAGCAGGGGGAUGAAAAGUGUGAGAAGUGGUGGAAACAUGAAAGAGGAGGGGAGAGUGAAGGAGGAAUGGAAUAGAGGUGAGUAGGGGAGCAUGUGAGGGAGAAGAGAGGUGGAGGAGUGAGGACAAAGUGUUGCAUUGGGUAGAGAGGGGUAUGAUGUGAGGUAAUGGGGAGGAGUGGAAGAGGAAUUUUUGGAGUGGUGAGAAUUAAAAGGCAGAAAAUGGUAGAGAAGAGGUACUGGUAGGGGCACGAGUUGAACAUUGAGUAGAGGGGGCAGCAAGGACCCUUAAUUCACGGUGUGCAGAGGAUUUGACCCAUCUUCAAUAGUGGCCAAUGUGGGGUGUGAGUGCCUUGUAGAAAGCAUAUGGUCUACACCCAUAUAGGUUGGGUCUACACCUCUGUCUGUUCCAUGCUGGGCAGUGGAUGGGUGACUGCAAUGGGUGCCACUGGGCUUGUUGGAGAGGUUCCCUCACUCCAUGUCCACCCAGAGGGAAGACGUUGAAGCAAAAUGUAUGCUUUAAGUCUUUUGUUUUGUCAGGCCCAGGGUGAGGUAUUUGGCAGGUUGGGUUUUUGCUGCCAAUUACUGAGGAGAAAGAGUGAAUUCUCUGCCUGCUUCACAAAUUCUUGCUAUUGAUGCAAGGUAUGGCAUAGGAGGGUUGGUGGGAGCUUUGAACGUUUCAAAGUUUUUAUUGACUCUGACAAUAUGAAGAUACCAGAUAGUGAAAUGCACACAAUUUGAAAAGGUUUCAGUGUUUUUGCAAGUUCCCCCAUUCACAGGCAGAGCAGGUGGAAGCUAAAGGAAAAUUUCUGCUAUUCUGUAUGGUGUUGAAUGUCCAUUGUGCCUGUGAGUUGCUGCUCCUCACUUUCUUGACCUCUUGUUCUCUUUCUUUCUCUUCAAUUUAUCUGUUCUUUGGCCACUGAGAUUGAGACCCCCUCAUCCCAAUCUGAUCAGACAAUAAAAGCCACUGACAUUCUUAUUUUCAGAUAUAAAACUCUUCUCUUUCCAUUGACUCUCUCAAGUCAUUUUUCAAAGGUUCCCAAGGUUUUCCAGUCUAUUUUCUAUUGACAGCUGAGGCCACAGUUUUAUGAUCCCAUCCAUUGUUGCCCUCUUUUAUCCAUCCCAACCAAGCCUUGGUGGGCUGAGAGUUGGGACUUAUGAGAAAAUUGGACCCAAGUCCUAUUGCAACAGCCUGGAUCACCCUCCUCCCCAAUUGGCAUGGUGGUUGAGGGAGAGCUUCUGGCACAGUGUCCUACAGUGGAUGUUGGGGUUGGCAGUUCUGGGUCCUGUUGGAAGCCCAGCUUCCCUUGCAGCGGUGAGCAAUUUAUUCUGACAAUGGUAUUGGGAUGGUACCUGCUGAACUUUAAUUAAAUUUUUGGGCUUGGAUUGAGGGGGUAAAGAUUGGAUGCAAAAGCACUGGCUACCUCAAACACUUCCAGCACUGUUGUUCUCCUCCGGGUUUAUGCAUUGGGUAAUCAGACUUCUGCUCACAAUAGCUGUAAAUUUUGGUGUUUUUAAAAUUGUUUCCCAGUAUUUGUGAAAAGAUAACUUAUUGUCUCAUUUGGAGAAUGACUUUUAUUGAAGCAUGAGGAUUGAUAUUCAUCUGAAAUUCCCAAGAUUCUUUGAAACCAAAUACCAUGUAUUUUUAAAAUGCUAAAUUAAAAAAAAAAUCUUUAAUCUGGGUUUGUUGCAAUGUGGGUGAAAAAUUGGCAUGUAAUAGAAUUGCUGGUGACAUUGAGUUGGUGGGUUUCAAAUGUGUUGGGGGUUGAGGAAAUUGACAAGAACUGAUUUAUCUCCUGAAACUCCUGCUACAGAUAACCAGAGUAGUUGCUGACUUUGGUACAGAGUGUGUGUCUUGAUGAGCUGAACUGAGAUAAAAACAUGUUCUAAUGAAGCCUCUAACACAUUAAAAGAACACUAAAAGAACAUCCCCUGGGGUUCAUUGAGUUUCCAACCAAUCAAAAACUAGGUUUUUUAUGGUGGUUUGCUGCAGGACUGGAAGUGCAAACGUGAGUGGCAGUGAUAAAGCCACAGUGAACGUUACAAGGGACUGCUGCAGUUUGAGGCAGUCUCCAGAAGGUGGUGCUUUAGGAUUUGUGAUCAGCAGUGUUUCCUGUAGGCAGUCAUCUCAAAUUUUUGACAUGGGCAGAUAUUUAUUCAGUGAGCAUACAGCCAAUGAAACAUUGGAACAUUUAACUGGGACUGUCUCCCUUACCUUGGCUGUAAAAGAUCCCAUGAAAAAACAGCACAGUUCUCCCCAGUGAUUUGGCCAAAGCUUUUUCCCCAACCUAUAUCAGAAUAAAUUAAAUGGCUCUAGGAUCUUUUAAACCCCCAUAUAACCAGUGAAGUUGUAAUAUAGAGAGGUGGUGAUACAUGCUAAUGCCCUGUGGGGUUCCUGUUCUCCACUUCGCUCACUGCAAGAGUUUGCUGAUAUCUUGGUCAAUAUUGAUCCCACAGUCAUAUCACUGAAACUUUAUCUGGUCAUUGCUGUUUUGGGGAGCCAGCUUCACCCACAUUUCCUUCAGCCUUGCCUCAAUUACAAUUUCAAUAAAGCUGUGACUAAAGCAUUUUGAUAUGUGCUGCAUUGGUGAA